ACACCGCAGUGGCGAACGUAAGAAGUCCUGCAGUCUUAUAUGACACAUUUUAUGUUUAGACCGCUGUACCUUAACUUGGCGUCAAUCGUCUACGAUUCGAUGGAUUCGAUGAAUUAUCGAUAUGAACUUUUCCUUACCUUGGGUUUUUUCGACUGCGUUUUACUUUGAACUCACAUAGUGCAAUCUGUCCGUCAGUGAACUCGUCUUUUAACGAUUACGAAUGGCUCGGUUAAUUUUAAGAUAAAUGCUGCUCAUGUACAGUAUCUAGAAUAAUUCGUGAAACGAUUCGUAAACAUGGCCUCUGAGGACGCCUCGGAGUGGAUGGUGGCUGCGAAGCUGGGGGAAGUACUUGCUUCUGACAGGUUCGAUAAAGGUUCCAUCUUGCAGAGAGAUUUAGGAUUAUCACAAGCGUUUUGCUUGUUGUGGCAAAAUGAAAACACUGGAGAUGUUGCCGGAAGGCUAAGACCGAACGCUCUAACGGCUUCGGCAACAGCUGCCGUGUUGCUAGAUUUGUAUGUGUUGGAUAAAAUUGACUUCGACAAGGACAUCAAACAUUGGAUGGACAAGACAAGACAAGUUAUCACGGUGAAAGUUAAAGAUGUUACAAUAACUGGGACAUACUUAGAUCAGGCUUUGUUCUUGGACAUUGUAAAGCAUCAUGAGGCUGCUAAGGGAAAACCAAGAACAGUUGUAGAAUGGAUAAUUCAUGGAUCAUAUGAGAGAAAAAAUUCUGCAACAAUAGUCUUGGACAGUUUAGUGUUACAUGGCAUCCUAAAAAGAGAGUCAAAACUGUUUGGAAGGAGAUAUCCAAUUGUUAAUGCAAAUCCAAAGCAGAAGCUUGUUAGUGACAUAAGACAAACAGUUCUCCUGAAUCAGCCUGUGGAUGGAUUUAUUUGGACUCUCCUUAAGCUUAUAUAUGAAGCAGACUGUUGCACUGGAAAGAAAAUGCCACUUCUUGGCAUGUAUUUUGCAGUUGAUGAGCUCCAGAUGAUAAAAGAAAACACAAAGAUACUAGUUACAGUUAACAUGCAGAGUGAACAAGUUGCAAAUGAAGAUGGUGAUUGUUCUCAGUCAUUUGAGCUGGAAGUUAUUGGAUGAUAGAAUGCAAAGUUACCUUUGCUGCACUAUCUCUUGUUAGUAUAAUUUCAGAGCUGAGCAAAGAGUUUCCAGCAAUCUGAUUGGUUGAGCGGUUCCUUAUAUGACGCUAU